AUGAGUGAGAACUUUCAGAAAGUUACUGAAUCAGCAGCCGAGCCACAACAGGCCAAUCCAUAUGGACCAAACCCGGCAGAUUAUUUGUCUAAUGUCAACAAUUUCCAACUAAUUGAUUCGACUUUGCGUGAAGGUGAACAAUUCGCCAACGCUUUCUUCACCACUGAAAAGAAGAUCGAAAUUGCAAAGGCUUUGGAUGCUUUCGGUGUUGACUACAUCGAGUUGACCUCUCCUGUGGCCUCUGAACAAAGUCGUCAGGACUGUGAAGCCAUUUGCAAAUUAGGAUUGAAAGCUAAGAUUCUAACACAUAUUCGUUGUCACAUGGAUGAUGCCCGUGUAGCUGUCGAAACCGGGGUCGAUGGUGUCGACGUUGUCAUCGGUACGUCCAAAUUCUUAAGACAAUACUCUCAUGGUAAGGAUAUGAACUAUAUCGCCAAGAGUGCUGUGGAAGUGAUUGAGUUUGUCAAAUCCAAAGGUAUUGAAAUCCGUUUCUCUUCAGAGGACUCCUUCAGAAGUGACUUGGUCGAUUUACUGAAUAUCUACAAGACUGUCGAUAAGAUCGGUGUGAAUCGUGUCGGUAUCGCCGACACAGUCGGUUGUGCCAACCCAAGACAGGUGUACGAACUGGUACGUACCUUGAGAAGUGUUGUUUCCUGUGACAUCGAGUGUCAUUUCCACAACGAUACCGGUUGUGCCAUUGCAAACGCUUACACCGCCUUGGAAGGUGGUGCUCGUUUAAUCGACACCUGUGUGCUUGGAAUUGGUGAACGUAACGGUAUCGUACCACUGGGAGGUCUAAUGGCCCGUAUGAUUGUUGCAUCGCCCGAUUACGUCAAAUCUAAAUACAAAUUGCACAAGCUAAGAGAUCUAGAAAACUUGGUCGCUGAAAGUGUAGAAGUGAACAUCCCAUUCAACAACCCAAUCACCGGUUUCUGUGCAUUCACUCACAAAGCCGGUAUCCAUGCCAAAGCUAUCCUGGCAAAUCCAUCCACUUACGAGAUCCUGGACCCACACGAUUUCGGUAUGAAGCGUUAUAUCCAUUUCGCCAACCGUCUAACGGGUUGGAAUGCCAUCAAAUCGCGUGUGGACCAAUUGAAUUUGAACCUGACAGACGACCAAUGUAAGGAAGUCACUACCAAGAUCAAGAAACUAGGUGAUGUUCGUCCGCUCAACAUCGAUGAUGUCGACUCUAUCAUCAAAGAUUUCCACGCAGAAAUUGCAACCCCAAAGAUUGCCGCUAUGAAAAGAGACCCACAAGACUUGGAACUGGAAGACAGCCAGCUCAAGAAGCCCAAGAACUAG